UGCAGAUGUAAAAUCUAAGGGAAUGUGCUUACCAGCAGAGGAAGGAAAAGUGUUCUUGCCUCUUUAUCAUUCUGAAUAACAAGAUGUCUGCUGAGGAAUCAUUUCAUUUUGCUAAUGUGGUAUACAAGGAUGACUACAAGGAAACCAGUUCAGCUAUCCCGAUAAACUGGAUGAAAGCAGGAAUCUUAUAUUGGCCUCCAGCAUCAACAAAAAAUCCGUAUUCUUUGUUGAGAAAUUGUGCAGAGCCAGAUGCAUCGUGGGAUGCAUAUACAAUUUUAAAAGUAAAAGGUUUUUUCCGUACACGUAAGGAAGCUGAGAACGUGGAGGACUCGACGGCCACUGAGCUGGAGUUGGAAGAUGAACCAUCCUCCAAGCGACGCAAAAUUAAACCACCAUCAGAUCCACAAUAUGAAUACAAUUUUGACGAAAAUGAAGGAAAUAGUUCAGUUGAAGAAGAUGACCAGGAGAAUCGGAAUCAUCCUAAAUUCCCAUCACCAUCAGCAUCUAGAAAACUACCGGUAACGAAGAAAUCAAGACUAUCUAAUACCGGAGAAAAUGGACAAAACAGUUCAGUUGAAGAUGACCAUGAGAAUCCAAAUUAUCCUGAAUUCCCGUCACCACCUAGAACACUACCGGUAACGAAGACAUCAAGAUCAUCUAAUAUCAGCGGAAUCAGAGAAUCACCAUUGAACAGUAUGGUAUAUGACGAUAACACCAGUGCCAGUGAAAACAGCAGUACGUGUCAACCUUCUUUUGUUUGUUCAACCCCUGUGGGAAAAACUGUACUGGAAGAACGCAACAAGGGUGGACGACCAAAAAAAGUAGAAAACUUGCAGUAUCCUGUUGAGACUGCUGCUUUUCAACGGAUGGUAUUGAUGAAAUUAGCAGACAUAUCGCACCGUGUAAAAAAGCUGGAACGGAAGCGUGUUGCUGCUAACAGCAAUACUCUGGAAGAGUUCCAGAGAGUAGUAUCUGUACAGAGUCUAAAAGACUUAGAGGCGCAGCUCGGUGAUAAUGAGAGGAGAAAUGCAUUUAUGUACUUCCGAAGUCCAUCUCUCUACAUGAUCAUCUACAUGUGUGAUGUCAUGUUCUGUGGCUUCUGCCAGUGCGCUUACUGCCAGUGCAUGUCGGUGUUGAUAGUACGGGUUCCUGAUACCAUCCAGCUGUUCGAAAAAAUAAAGGAGCCCUAUCCGUUUAGUCCGCUACUUGUCCAUUUCACGGAGGAUAAAGUAGAUCUGUCCGGUAGCUUUUUUCCGCCGGACAAGUCAGCUUUUUAG